CCUUUGGGACUAAUGCCUUAUCAACUUUGUUUCCUAAAUGAGGUGCAAGAAAUACGUGACUUGACUCCAGACAGUGUUCUAUAUAUGUGAUCUUAACAAAAGUAAACUUGAUUGCUGCAUUAAAGUAAAGUCCCUUCAAGUGAGCAUAGUGUCAUACUAGGCAUAACCUUGCUAUUACAGUUGUUAUGAUAUCUGUUUUUUUUCCUUGGGAAAGACCUUUCAGAAGAAUGAAUGUUGAAACAGAAAACCUGACAAGGAAGCUCACAUUAGUCAAUGUGGGCUGUAUGAACUACAACUUUGUAAGUCACAUGAAGGUCAAUCAGGCAAAUAUUUGACGCUCCUCUCCGCAGGUUCUGCUGAUAUUUGUCCCCACCCACAGGACCAACCAAACUACCGUGGGGGUCCUAGUACCGGCCUACUUCUAAUAUGGAACAUAGAUUACUGCUCUAUAAAGAGUGCAUUACCAUGUGGAAUACUGGCAGUGACUCGCUCUAUUUGAAUUAUUUUCAAUCCAUAAUCAAGAUCUCCCCGGAUACGAAGAUCAUAAAAUAUGUCUUUGCUUAUUUUUAGUUAGCCGUUUUUUUAUAUUGCAGUUCAAGACAAGGCUGCUUGUGGCACCAUGGAAUAUUUUACUUUGCCAAAAUCAAACUCCUGCCUAAAAGUAAGGCAAUCUGGGGAUAGGUUUAUUGUUCACUAGCAAGGGCACAGACCUGCUGACCAAUCAAAUGGCACCGUAAACAUGUCCUUCUUGUUGCCGGUAACAAGUGCAUAUUUCGUCAGGGGUCAAAGGAGCGUACUUAUCAUUUCGCCGAGGUAACAGGCAGCUCGACUUCGCACGGACUGUCCACUAUCUCUCAAGCCACAAGGAACUCCAUAGCAAUCGCGAAUGAUAAUCAUAAUGAUAAAAGGCUCCAGGGUAAAAAGGCCGUAAACCGCCCUGCUAGCUGUUUUAGGAUUAGGUUUGACUGUCAGGAAAGGAACACCAACGUACUGUAGACAGCCGACUGUGGAUUGUCCGCGGCCAUGGCGGGGCCCCGCACCCCCUGUAGGAUAGGGGACGCUCUAUGCGACAUUGACACCCCAGCUCUCCUGGUCGAUUUGGACAAGUUGGAGGAGAACCUAAAAACUAUGCCAAUAACUCUGAAGGAGUACAGUAACCUGAAGCUCAGACCCCAUGCCAAGUCUCACAAGUGCCCAACGCUGGCUAGACUGCAGGUUACUCACGGUGCUGUAGGUGUUUGUGUUCAAAAACUGACGGAAGCUCAGGCCAUGGUGCACGGAGGGGUUGAGGAUGUUCUUGUCACCAACGAGAUCGUAAGCCGCUCCAAACUGUGCAGACUGAUGUCCCUGGCGCAGCACGCUACGAUAUCUAUAGUGGUGGACAGCCAGCAGAACAUCAGGGACCUGUCAGACGCGGCACAACAGAUGGGGGUCGACAUUGGCGUCCUAGUCGAUGUCAAUGUCGGCAUGCCUCGGUGUGGUGUACUGCCUGGACCUGAAGUUGUCCAACUCGCCAGCCUAAUCAAUAGUUUGCCGAAUGUCACCCUCAAGGGUCUCCAUUGUUAUCAAGGGGCUAACCAGCACAUUCGCAAGGCAGAGGAGCGGGCGGAGGCCACAGCUGCAGCUGUAGAGAAGGCAGCUACAGCACUCAAGGCUCUUGAGGAUGCAGAAAUCAGCUGUGACUAUGUGACAGGAGGGGGAACUGGAACAUACAUGUACGAGGCUAAAAGUGGAGUGUUCACUGAAGUCCAGCCAGGGUCCUAUGUGUUCAUGGAUGCAGACUAUGGAAGGAACUUUGGUGAGGAUGGCCAACCAGUACACCAGUUCCACCAGAGCCUGUUUGUCCUGGCUACUGUACAGAGUGUUCCUGAAGGAAAUCGUGCUGUUGUAGAUGCUGGAUUGAAAGCCAUAAGCAUGGAUUCAGGAGUGCCACUGGUGUACCCCAACAGUGAUAUUGUGUAUCACUGUGGUGGGGAUGAACAUGGAGUCCUUGUACCACCGGGGAAAUACAAGAUAGGAGACCAAGUGUGGCUCAUCCCAGGACACUGUGAUCCAACUGUCAACCUCUAUGAUUGGCUUGUUGGGGUGAGAGGAGGGCGAGUGGAGGCCAUGUGGCCAAUCACAGGCCGUGGCCCUGGUGUCUAAACCUGGGAGGAGAGGACCAACCAUAGCUAAUCAUUUCCAUAUGAGAAGACAGCCAUGGAGGUUUUACACUUUCGGACAACUUAAAAAAAGGAAAACUAAUUAAAAAAUAUCACAAUGUAGUCUACCUAACGAUCAGUACUUGAAAGACCAUUUCAUAUGCUAUAAAAAUUAACAGUGAUAAUAAUUGCAAUAACAAUAAUUCUACAUUUUGUAUUUUGUAAUUUAUGAGAAGUUGGUUAAAGAAGAUGCACAUCAUAAGAAUAGCAAUGUGUAGAUUCUCAUUUAUCAAAUUUCAUUGUAUUCAUUCAUAACAAACAAUUAAUUGUUGUCAAACAAACAAUUAAAAGGAAUGGACUAAUAUUAACAGAAAUGUUUGAGUUACGGUGUCUAGCAAGUAGUUUGUAUAUACAUGUACUUAACUUGUAAUCGCAAUAUACUGUCUGCCCAGAGAAGACUGCUCUUUAUGCCAGGUACAUUACAGAAAUGGGGGCACCCUGGGAGUCAGAGUAACACAGGGCUUUAGCUUAGGCCCCCAGUGCAAUAGCCCGUUAUAAACCAAAGCAAACCCACAGAGUUACACUGUCCCAUGGCUAAAAUUGUGUGAGUAAGAUUGUCCUUAACCGUACAUUGAUAAAAACUUUCCCAGCCUAAUCUCGUAAUUUUUUAACAAUACAAUCAGAGAUGACAACACCUCUGAGUCACCUCCUUCACUUAGGUCCCACCUCCUUUGGUGAUUUACUUCCUUUGGAGAUGACCUAGUAAAAUAAUGCUCAGUGAGAUGAGAAUAGAGUUCUGCAAUAUAUAACUUAAAAAAUUAAAAAAAAACACCAAGAAAUAGUCAUCACAAUAAUUCUAUACCUGAUAUGAU